CUGGAUCAUGGGUGAUGAACUCUGCGGUGGCCCCAGCGCAAGUCGUCAGCAAAAGCGGCGAAAAUCCUUUUUCCGCCGGAUAGCUGAUUCGUUAUCAUCUUUUGUGCCGACUUCCAUCUUUCCCUCAAACACGGAAUCUGAUGCGUAUCGGAACCUCGAUGGUGAUCCAGAUUCUAUUUCAACGAUCCCUUCCACCAGACUGGGUAAAAAGUCCCAGGAAAUGCGCGAUUGUGACACCCAGACGCUGAACUUACUCGAUAAUUGUGGGGAUCUUAGCGUCGACUUGGACGCACUGGAACACUCAGAUGACCAAAUGAGUGCACACUCGUCUACCAGCGGAGUUUCAUCCCUGCUACCUCGGAAAUACAAGCCACGUGGUCUCCCUCCGAAUGCUUGUCCAGCCUUGCGAAUGGAUUGCGUUAAUGAUACGUAUUCCCGUACGAGUGCCACGUGUUCUGACGCUGCCGAUUCUAUUAAUUCGGCGUCGACACUUCAUCCUGUGACACCUUGGAUAUUGUCCCUGAAAGACAACUCACCUGAAAGAUUAGGUUCGGAAAGAUCAUCUAAACGACAACGGCUAUCAAGUGUCCAGUCCAACUACAGUUCUAACUCAGAUGGCUUUCAGAAUUCUCUAUUCUAUCGUUCGAAAACCACGUAUGGCGGGGCAGCUAGUUGUGGAUUACCAAUAAGGCGGCAUGAUUUAUUCAAGACAACGGUACCAUUGCGCUUUGAACUGGAAUCUCAAGCCACAGGAUCAGGAUCUAAUGCGCUGGGUGUUAAUGGCCCAAAUCUCAGCUCAACUGCACGCCGUAUCCUCGAAAGUUUGGAACGCUUUACAACGCCACUGGCAACAGCCGAUCGUAUUCCCAUGCCGCUUCAUUCUCAACCUUCUACGCCAGUUUCGGCAUAUAAUCAUUUGAAAACAGUUCAGCGACGGAAGUUGGACGCUUCAGGACGUCCGCCUUUGCCAGAAAUUCCGAUUCCCGUGGGAACUGCUUUGAGCCAUAUCAGGUCUGUUGCCGAUAGAACAGAUUCGACACCUGCUGCAGCACCCGUAACCGUGUCUUUCGGAGUGAAGUUGCCUGAAUCCGCUCGUACGGAACUAGGAUUUCAGCAUUUACCCCUUCUUACCACUCACGUACCAACAGCAUCCGUCCCUUCGGUCCCUGCACAAGCUCCCCUUCUGUCGCCUUCAGCUCCAAACCCAUCACCUGAAACGUCAAAAACAUUUACUUUCGCCCCUCCGCUUAAACGGUCACCGUCAAUAGCGCGUCAGUUGGCUGCUUUGCCAUCGUCACAGCUUCCUUCGAAAUACGAGUUCUGCGCCCCAAAGCGCCUUGGUCGGUCUUCUUCGAGCAUCCUGCGGUCGAACUCGAUAUCAGUCGAACCAACAAACAUCCCCGCUUGCAGUCAACCUUCAAAAUCCCUUUCCUCUCCCAUAUUUGAAAUGAUUAUGUCUUCCUCUGCGACGCAGCUACCUUCUAUGACCGUUUCCCAAGGUAAAACUAUUCCGUUCCCAUUGGGCUCAAUGUGGCGGUGCGAAAGUUGUCUUUUAGAAAAUGCUGAGUCAAGAGACAUCUGCGUAGCAUGUUCAAUGCCCCGACUUGAGAAAGUGCUCCAAGUGGACAGACCAGUCCCAUCAAUGUCGUCAUCCCUGCCUACCGCUCCCCCCAAAUGGGAAUGCCCUGUUUGCAUGAUUUUUAAUGAACAGGAGGUUCCAGAAUGUAUUGCCUGCAAGGCUAAGCGUCCUCAUUCAACUAGCACGUCUUCGAUGAAUCCACCGGUACUUUUGCCCAGCAGCACCUGUGUGGGUAACAAAUGGGAAUGUCCUACGUGUAUGGUAUUCAACGAGUCUCUGCAAACUUCCUGUGUUUGUUGUCAAACUGGCAAACCAGGCAACAAAUUGGGGGACUUGACAUCCCAGGCAACUAGUGCGGAUUGGGAAUGUCCAACUUGUAUGGUCAGAAACUCAACCACCAAGCAAUCCUGUCCCUGUUGUUCAACCCCGAAACCAAACACCUUGCGGUCCAGCAGCGCUUCGCCAUUCGGAGUUCCUACACCUGUCGUCAGCUUCCCGAUUAAAUUUGGUCUUUUCGGUUCUUCACAAACCAGUUCAACUUCGACUACAUCUUUGGGUGUGACCCGAAAUUCCGGGCUCAACUCGGUUGUCACAAUCCCUCAUUCUGAUGUCAGUAACAGCGAAAAAGUAACCGAGCCACUUAAAUCAUCUGCACCUGUUUUGACUUUCGGUGUACCAACUCCUUGUGUCAUUACUCAGCCAACUUCGACAUCUACUGUAUCCUUGACGGUGGGCACUUGUGCCGUCAGUGCAUCAAGUUCAUCUAGCUUUAUCUUUACACCAUUCACCUCUGCGACUGGAGUCUCAGUGGCAUCUUCUGUUUCCUUAGUGACUCCAGUACUCAAUUUCGGUUCAUUGGGCAAGCGUUGUCUGUCUGGUGCCAUGCCACAUGCCACAUCUGACUUUCAAUUUGGCCUUCCAAAUGCUCCUGAAUCCCAAAUCCCCGCUCCAAACGGGUUGGUCAACGGUGGGACUGUUGAACUUUUUACGUCGAAGUCAGUCCCUUCGUUCAACUUUUUUGCCGCCCAGCCUGAGUCCUCGAAGAAUCAAACCAUACCAGUUAGUCUCACUACACCGUCACAGCCGACAGCGCCUUUUCCGUUCGCUUCAACUACGAGUGUCUCUGAGAAUGCCACUACAUCAGAUGGUUUUACUGUUUCAUCCUCUGUUUUUCCGAAAUUCGGUGCUGUCGACGGUCUCUCGACACCUGCAUUUCCCCCCACAGCCAGUGGUCUCUUUUGCUUCGGUGCCGCUGGAAAGUCAUCAGACCAGUCUCUGAAUUCCAAUUCCCAACCCUUCGUUUUUGGUCAAGGUCAAUUCUACGGCCCCUCGAAAGAAGGCUCACGCAGUUCGGCGCUUCCAGCGAUGAUCCAUCCUUUUGAACUCCAUACUUUAUUGUUCCACUCAUUCAAUGAACCUUGCUUCAGAUCCGAUCAAUCUUACGCGCUACACGUGCACCUGGAACUCAACAAUGUUUGCAUCGCCUUUGUACAUAAAUUGACUGCGGAAUAUUUUUUCACUCUUCUGUACAAAACUAUCUGCCUUUCCAGAGUUUCUGUCAAUCACGUGCUAUGCCAGCCUUGUUCAAUUCCA